AAACCUAAUUACAGAAACAGGGUUUCUUGCCUGCAUCAUCAAUAUACAUACGAACAUUGAUUUAUAUUCACAUUCAUAUAAUCAUAUCCAUAUAAUAAACAACGUAUACACAAAAAGAUCAAUUUGAAUUCAAAAGCGCCUAGGUCUUUAAUUGAAUCUUCUUCUCAUCUUAUUUUCUUUUAAUCUCCAAUUUUAUAUACUUUUAUUUAUUAUUCCAUUAUAUCAUACACAGUCUGCUUCGUUAUCGUCUAUCUGCUGUAUCCACCGGCGAUCCAAUCAACCGAAAAAAAUUUUAUACAGUAAGAGAGCAUCAAGAGCUUUGCAGGGGUAACUUUGACUGGUCAUUCGAAAUGGAUCCGGGUCGCUAUGGUCUUCAGCAUGGAUGGGAAAAUAACAGCGCCCUCGAUCGGUAUGGUGCAGUUCAUGAACCAAAUUUUCGGGAGGUUGAUACAUACGAUGAUAGGAGAUAUUUAGAUGAACGAAUUCCAAGAGAUGACAUCUAUUCUAGAAACACAUUCCAACGAGAUGAAUUGGAGAGGGAGAACUAUCCUCUUCCUCCGCCGGCUGUUGGAGGCUGGCCCCAAGCAAGAAGACGAAUGUAUGAGGAUGAAUAUCCGCUUGAUAGGGAUUCAAGGCGCCACUUUGAUCCAUAUCCUGAAAUGAAUACGGGUCGUGAAGCUGGAAAAUAUCGUGAGAAUGAUUACUACGAUGGUCAUGAAUAUGAGAGAUCACAUAGAUAUGGUGGACGGGAUCGUGAUGAAUAUGCAUAUGAUGAUUAUGACUAUAAGCCUCGUGUUUCUCAUAGUAGGGAGGACAGCCGUGAGGGAGAUUAUGAUCAUGGGAGGCACAGCUAUGAUUCUGAUAAUGACAGAGGUGGCAGACGGGAGGGUAGUUGGCGAAGACGUGAUUCCCGUGAUCGAGAACGGGACAGGAAAGGUCUGAGUCGAGAACGAGACCAAAGUCCAUACACAAGGCAUGAACGUUCCAGGUCUCGUGGUAAUGAUGACCGUGUUAGGUCUAGAUCUCCCCGAAGUCGUAGUCAUGGGCGAAGUUACCGAGAGGACAGUUACGAUGAUGAUAGAUAUGACAGGUCAGAUAGAAGAAGAGAUCGUGAUGAAAAACGUCAUGACCAUUAUUCUUCGGCUCCAUCUGCUACUGUUGUUGUGAAGGGUCUUUCCCAAAUGACAACCGAAGAAGAUUUGUAUCAAAUACUUGCUGAAUGGGGACCACUUCGCCAUGUUCGUGUCAUCAAGGAGAGAAAUUCUGGCGCUUCUCGUGGAUUUGCAUUUAUAGAUUUCCCUUCCAUGGGAUCUGCACGUUCAAUGAUGGAGAAGGUUGGAGAUGAGGGCCUUGUUGUGGAUGGUAGGAAGCUAUUCUUUGAGUACAGUAAACCAACUGGUGGACACUUUGGGUCAGACGGGCCAUCAAGGUCAGGACCUAUGAACCACAAAAGUACCACACUUCUAUCUGAUUGGAUGUGUACAAUAUGUGGAUGCGUUAAUUUUGCGCGGAGGACAUCUUGCUUUCAGUGUAAUGAAGCUAGGACAGACGAUGCUCCUCCAGCAGACAUGACAUCAUCAAAUUCUGCUUCAUUUGGUAAGAAAGGGGAGACAGGUCCCACCCAUGUUUUGGUUGUGAGAGGAUUGGACGAAAAUGCUGACGAGGAAAUGCUUCGGUACGAGUUUUCUAAGCAUGCUCCAAUUAAGGAUCUUCGACUUGUCAGAGACAAAUUUACUCAUGUUUCAAGGGGAUUUGCAUUCCUACAUUUUCAUUCUGUUGCUGAUGCCACUAAAUCUCUCGAGGCAACAAAUGGGACAACUUUGGAAAAAAAUGGCCAAAUUUUGCGAGUGGCAUAUGCAAAAAGCAUUCUUGGGCCAGGAUCUGGUGCAUCCUCUUCUCAAUCAAGCAGUCUUGCCGCCGCGGCGAUUGAGGCUGCAGCAUUUUCUCAGCAGUAUGAUGCUGUUGGAUGGGCCCCAAAAGAGUAUAAUCCAGAUGACAAACAACCUAAUGACAAUCAAGAACAGGGUGGAGAUCCAAAGGAUGCUUUAGCUCCACAGUCUGGUUUUGUGUGGGAUGAAGCAUCUGGCUAUUACUACGAUGCUGCUUCUGGGUUCUAUUAUGAUGGAAAUACAGGUCUGUACUAUGAUGGUAAUAAUGGAAUAUGGUAUACUUUUGAUAACCAAAGUCAACAAUAUGUCGCAUGUAAUGAUCAAAAUGGUAUAGCACCUGGAAAAGAGACGGAACCUUCAAAAGCAUCUGAUGCUUCCAAUACUAGAAAAGUGGUUAUAUCUGCACCAGCUGCUACAAUAACAUCAAAUGACAAAACUACUUCCUUACCGGAUGCUGUUCAGGCUGCUGCUGCAGCAGCCAUAGCAGCAGAAAAAAAGGAGAAAGAAAAAAUGAAAGAAAUAAGGCUCGCUUCAAAGAGUAGCAUACUGGCCAGCAAGAAGAAAAUGAGUAACGUAUUGUCCAUGUGGAAGCAAAGGAGUCACGAGAGUCAAGCACCACGAGUAGCUCUUGAUGACAACCAGCCAUCUGCUUCCGCAGAAGAAAAAUCUAACCCUGUUGUACCAUUAACAAAGGGCAAAGUAGUAAAAGACAACAUAGGUCCAGCAAUUUCUGUGAACACUUCUAUUCAGGUGGUUAGCCUAGAUUCACAAGAUAUGCCCAGGCCUGCAGGUAACAUAUCUGGAGGAACUCUAAGAGGCGUAAUUAGGGGAUCUGGUAGAGGAGUGGUGAAAUCAGAUACUGGUUAUGUGGGAUCAUCGACGAAUGUGCCUAUGGGAUCAUCAAUGGUCACAGAAGUACGCAAUUCUGCAGUGCCCUUCAGGACAGAUGCAUCUGCUCUAGGUUCUUACACACCACCAGCACCUUCUGUUAGUGGUAAGAGACGGUUUUCUGAGUUGCCUGCGCAGUCAGCAUCUUCCAUCAAAGAGCAGCCUCAUACUACCUAUCGGGAUCGAGCUGCAGAACGGAGGAGUUUAUAUGGUUCAUCUUCUUUUGGGGAUGGUCUAUCUGAUUUAGGGGCUGGGGAUCCAAAUCGAGAUUUGGGAUUGAAAAGGGGUGGGAUGGAUUCUAUGCCUUUCCCUCCUGGUGUUGGAGGACGUGGAGCCGGAGAGGGCAAUAGCAGUAGCCAAAGCUAUGAGGUAAUUACAGCCGAGAAGGCAAUUGAUGAGACUAAUGUUGGCAAUCGGAUGCUUCGCAACAUGGGUUGGCAAGAAGGCUUGGGGCUAGGAAAAGAUGGGAGUGGCAUGGUUGAGCCUGUGCAAGCGCAAGCAACAGAAAAGAGAGCAGGACUUGGAAGUCAGCCCAAAAAGUUGGAUCCUAGUCUUGAGGUGCAAGCUGGUGAUAGCUACCGAACUUUGAUUCAAAAGAAAGCUCUUGCUAGAUUUCGAGAAAUGUCAUAGGUAGGGAAAUAAGAUGGAAGAUAUUUUGAUGGUUUAGAAUGGUAAAUGAGUAGGAUUGAAGCCUCUUCUAGGCUAUUCGUAGCCAAUGAUAUUUUUGCAAUAAUUGUCUAUGUUGAUCGAGUUAUGAAUCAAGAUUACCCUCUUUAUUUGCAA